AUGUCCAAAAAGCUACUGCUCUUGAAUAUACCCCUCAGGAUAAUGGCUGAAACGAACCGAUCUUUCGUCUUGCACGCUAUAAAGGAUGUGGUUUUUGAAGACCGCCCGGUGCCUGCGCUGAAAGAUCCUUGGGAUGUACGAGUGCACAUUGCGCAGACCGGUAUCUGUGGAAGUGACGUACACUACUGGCAAAGAGGGCGGAUCGGAGACUUCAUCCUCAAAUCCCCAAUAGUACUUGGCCAUGAAAGCUCCGGUACUGUUGUCGAAGUCGGUUCUGCUGUGAAGAAUGUCAAAGUUGGGGAACGAGUCGCCAUAGAGCCCGGUGUACCAUGCAGACACUGCGACUUCUGCCGCAGUGGCUCCUAUAACCUUUGCCCGGACACUAUUUUUGCCGCGACUCCCCCGCAUGACGGCACGCUUUCAAAGUACUACACUACGCAGGCGGACUACUGCUACCCGCUGCCAGAGAACAUGGACCUGGAAGAGGGCGCGCUCGUGGAACCGGUCGCUGUUGCCGUGCAGAUCACUAAGGUUGGUAAAGUGAAGCCAAACCAGACGGUCGUAGUCUUUGGAUGCGGGCCCAUUGGACUUCUCUGUCAAGCCGUGAGCAAGGCGUAUUCUGCGAAGAAGGUGAUCGGUGUGGACAUCAGUCAGUCGCGUGCAGACUUUGCCCACAACUUUGGUGCCGACCAUGUUUUCGUGCCUCCUGCUCGUCCCGAAGGCAAAGAUGACACCGCAUGGAACGAAGAGGUGGCAAAUUUGAUGAAGGAGAAGUUUAAUUUGGGCGAGGGCCCAGAUGUCGUCUUAGAGGCUACUGGAGCUCAGGCAUGCAUCCAGACCGGGAUAUAUUUGACCAAGAGGGGGGGCACAUAUGUGCAAGCCGGUAUGGGAAGCGAGAAUGUUGUCUUCCCCAUCACUACCGCUUGUAUUCGUGAUUUGCACAUCCGGGGCUCCAUUCGGUAUACGGCUGGCUGUUAUCCUACGGCCGUGGAUUUGAUCGCAUCUGGGAAGAUUGAUGUCAAGCAGCUUAUUACGAACCGAUUCAAAUUUGAAGAUGCCGAGGAGGCAUUCGAGCUUGUGAGACAAGGAAAACAGAGCGUGAUUAAGGUAAUUAUUCAGGGCGUUCCGGCAUAA